AUGUCUUCACAACAGCAGCGUCAACAGCAGCUGAUGCUAAAUGCAUACGGACGUCGAAUGCAGAUGAUGGCUGCUAAACGACAACCAAACAUUAGCAACAACAGUGGCACUCCUUUACGACAGCAAAUGCAGCCUCAAUCAGGGACAAUGGGGUCCAAAUAUGAUGAUCUGCCCAGACUAGAGCCUGCUGAUUAUAUGUUCAUCGGUGAAAAUCCCGAGUCGAUUGGCCUAGUCCCCGCCUUCUUCCGACCCUUUGAAUCCGCCUGCCAGCGUGGCCCCCUCUCCGUUGUUCAGUCCAUUGUCUCAUCUAAGAAUCUCACGCCUGCUUUUCUUCACCAUGGUCUCACACGUGCUCUACGCUCUGGUAAUAUUGAGGUUGCCCGUUAUCUCCUCGCUAGUGGCGCACCAAUCGUUCGUGAAACUCCAAGCAAUAUCUUCUUUGUAACCUUGGAAUACCAAAUUGCCCUAUUUGAACUCUUAACCCAGCAUGGGUGGACUCCCAACACCCCAGGUUACUAUGGCUGUACCCUGCUUCCUCGGACCGUCACGAGCCUCCCUCUUCUUCGUUGGUUCAUCGACCAUGGAGCCAAUCCCAAUCUUGGUGUGCAGAAAACCACCCAUGAUAGGCGUGGUGAGCCAGAUACUUCCUCAUGUGCUACACUCGAGGCAGCCGCAGUUCGUGGAGAUGUUGAGGCUGUGCGUAUGAUUCUAGAUGCGGGUGCUAGGAUUCAAAACGGUGUUCCACUACACUAUGCUGCGGGGGCUCGUUCGAAUCAUGAUACCAGCAGGAUUCCAGUAAUGGCACUACUGGUCGAUCGUGGGGCUGAGGUUAAUCAGAGAGAAGAGUCACGACACAUGGUCCCGCAGUAUGCGAUUGUGUAUGCGGCGAUGGCAGGGGCAGUUGAGCGGGUCAAGUGGUUGUUAGAACAUGGGGCAGAUCCAUAUAUAAGAGGGAGCUGGGGUAGUGCAGCUGAAUAUGCGCGUACCUCGGGAAAUGAAGAAAUAACGAAGAUCAUUGAGGAAUUUACUAAGGGGAAAGUUUGA